UUUUCAGAAUGACGGCAAUGAUACAAAGUGACAAAUCAGAAUUGUGUAUGUUCGUUAUUGAUUUUUUUUUGUUUUAGAAUACGCAAAUUGUGUUUGUGUUUUUGUAGAUAGAUGGAUCAGUACUCUUAUCGCUUAGAUUAGCACUGUUGAUACCAUAGACUUCGUGUCAUUUUAAUCCAGUUGUGCGUUCGUUCGUUUGUUUGUUGAGUGAGCUUUUAUUGAGCAGAAAUCAUGAACAAAGUAUCAAUGACAGCUUCACUUCCCAUUGUUCACAAGUUAGAACGGAAGAAACUCGACGCAAUCCAGUUUCCUCUGUUCAACGAUGUCAUCAUUCUACAAAGCCCCAUGGGCGUUCCACCCCGUCUAUUCAACUGGAGAGCUCUGAAGAGUCUCCAAUCGUCGCUCAAAUUGGGGCAAAUCCUAGCCGCCUUCCUAACCCUGCUGUUCAUACGCCCACGCCUUUCGUACCAUAAUGAUCGCUAUUUCUGGCCGGACCUUUCCUACUUCAUCUUCGCGUUCAGUGCACUGAUAGGCACGGCGAUUCUAUUGGCUGAUGCAAUCUUCACGAACCAACCCCAUGGUCGGGCUUUCUCGCCGUUGGAAUGGUUCCGGGUGAAUCUUUGGUACAACGGACUUGUGGUGGUAGGAUUUUACACGCAGGCGUUCUCCGUAUUGGUCUUGGCGCUGUGGGACAUCCGUAGUUGCAGUUUCAACAGAGUGGCAGCCGCGUUUGGAUUUGUUGCCACAGUACUGUAUGCUGUCGAUUGGUGGAUGAACUUCUGCAGAAGACGUGAGGUUCCACAGCAGUCGAACAAUGGCAGUGAGGGUAAAACAGAGCAGGUGAAUUUGUUGAAUUGAUCCAGGAGUAGGGACCAAUAGUUAGUGAGAAUUGAUGAUUUUUGUAACAGCUCUCAAUAGCUCAAAAUGCAUCAAAUAAAUCAUACCAAUUGCAAGUUCAUUUCAAUUCGACGGGAAGUUAGUUGCAAGUUAGUAAAAGAACACAAUUUUAUAAAAUCUGUCAAUUAGGAUAACACAUAAUCAGCAGAACAGGUAAUCCUCGAUUUAAGUACCCUCGAUAUAGCGAAUUCGAUAUAACGUACAACUUUGAAUAUUUUUGAUUUUUUCCAAUAAUUUCCAGAUAAACUACAAAAUCACUCAAAUCAAUGUUCUGUUGCAGCAGUAGCCUUGUUACCCAGAAUUAGCGCAAAUUGGGGAAUAAAUUAGUGCACGUUAUAUCGAAGCACUAAACACGAAAUUACUUUUUCGUGAAAAUUCA